AUGCAUAAAAUGUGGUGUUGGUUAAUAGUGUUUCAUCUGCUCGUCCUUUAUGAUUUUGUUCACUGUAUCACGUUAACCGAGGUGCGAGUUCCCAAGCACACGAUCAGAGGUCACGCCGUUAAGCUCGAGUGCCACUAUGAUAUGGAAGGUGAGGCCCUGUACUCGGUGAAGUGGUACAAGGAUGGACGUGAAUUUUAUCGCUACGUGCCAAGAGACGAUCCUCCGGGAAGUUUUUUCCCCCAACCAGGCAUAGCCGUAGAUAUAGCAAACUCAACAAGCGAACAAGUGAUCCUAGAUCCCUUAGAUUUGUCCUCCAGUGGGAAGUACCGGUGUGAAGUGUCCGCCGAAGCUCCUUCCUUUCAAACGGUCUCAGACCACGGGGAAAUGACAGUUGUAGUUCUGCCCGAUCAGGACCCUCACAUCACGGGCGGCAAACCGCGCUAUCAGAUUGGCGAUCCGGUCAAUGUUAAUUGCACUUCAGGUCGCUCGAAGCCGGCGGUACAUUUGACCUGGUACAUCAACGGAGAAACGGCCGAUCUGGGCCUGGUGAAGCGGUACGAGUCCCACAUCACCGGCAUCGACAGACUGGAAACCUCCAUCUUGGGGCUCGAGUUCCGUGUCAAACCGAAACAUUUCAAGCACGGCGAUAUGAAGCUGAAGUGCCUCGCUACCAUCUCGACCGUCUACUGGAAAAUCAACGAAGAGAGCGUCGAGGGCGAAAAACAGCAGAAGGCACCAACACUGGAGUCGAGGAGGGCCGUUCCAGCCGACUCGCGGGCAGACCGUGUUCAAGCCGCUUCGAACAACUGGGCACCGGUAAGCGGUGACCGCCUGUCGGUGUCGAAAUUAGCAAUUUAUGUUUUCAUUUUGUUGGCAAGUUAUCGUUACACUAGUUAAGCAUAAGCGUUAGGAAGGUAGGUAGGAAGUGCUGAGUGGCCGCGUGUGCGGUACAGCGGUCUCAAAACUGUUAACUUUCUUUCCGAUUCGUCCUUGUUUGUCAAUUAAUCGUACGGAAUCGUGAAUGGAUUAAGGGUGUUUGCUAAGGCUACUACGAUCGAAAGGACACUCUUAACAACAUAUCAGUAAAAUCAAUGUCAAGUAUAUUCAUCAUAUCAACGGCACAGCUGCAAACUUUUUCUUGUGCGCUAAGUUGUUCAACUAAUCUAAUAUGAAACAAGCGAAAGUAAGAUGAAACCAAAACAUACAGAUUUGUAUAGUGAUCAGCAGGACACAUGCGAAUUGUAAAUAUUUGUCAUAGUUUUAAUUCAAACUAACAAAUCUCCAACAUUGCACGGGAGACGGCACUCGUGAUCCCUCACUAUUGCGCGCAAUCAAGCAAUUGGGGAAGCACAUUGACCGACGAAGAGAGACAGAGAUGGACAAUUUUAGCAAACAUUCGUUUUAUCCAUUGCACGCGAGUAAGAGAUGAAUAAAGAAAGAAUAAAGUAUCAAAUUGUUUCAAAAAUAAUCCGCAUACC